AUGAUUUUCUAUAGGUGCCUCCCUCUAUCUAUCUAUCUAUCUAUCUAUCUAUCUAUCUAUCUAUCUAUCUAUCUAUCUAUCUAUCUAUCUAUCUCUUUUCUAUCAUGUCCAUUUCUUUUCUAUCUAUCUAUCUAUCAUGUCCAUUUCUUUUCUAUCAUGUCCAUUUCUUUUCUUUCUAUCUAUCUAUCUAUCUAUCUAUCUAAGUCUUUCAUAAUCUAUCUAUCUAUCUAUCUAUCUAUCUAUCUAUCUAUCCUUACUGUUUUUGAUCCUUCCUAUCUAUCUAUCUAUCUAUCUAUCUAUCAUCCAUCUAUCUAUCUAUUCAUUCAUCUAUCUAUCUAUCUAUCUAUCUGUUUGAAGACGUUCAUAUAUAUCAAUCUAUUCAUGCACCGCAACCAACACUAUCUAUCUAUCUAUCUAUCUAUCUAUCUAUCUAUCUAUCUAUCUACCAACCUUGUCCGUCACUUUCUCUUUCUAUCUCCACUGUCUCCCUCUUUCUCUCUUCACUGUCUCCCUCUUAUUCUUUGUCUUUCUCUCUCCACUGUCUCCCUCUUAUUCUUUCUCCUUUCUCUUCUCUCUCUCUCUCCUGACACUUUUGAGAAUACGAGUUCCUUCUUGCUUUUUAUUGUCCUCCUCCCUUUUUUUCCGAGUUUCCCCGCUUCUUUUGUUUUAUACUUUCAGUCUCUCUUUUUUUGA